UAUAGAACAUGUAAUGUUUGAUUGCAAAUUGUUAUUUCUAUUACCUCAAUCGAUAAAGGUUAUACCGUACGUGCUAAGUUAUUAGAGACAUCCUAUGUUACGGGGUUCUAAUUGGUAUGUGAUUGCUAAUAUUAUUAAUAUGCUGGAAUUGAUUAUAAUUAACGUCAAUCUUCCUAGUUGUUUGGUCAGGGUUGUGUGAAAUAGAUGAUGUAAGUGAAGAAAAUUGAAUUAGGUCCUGAAAUAGGCUUUAUUAGAAUUAUUGAUUGUUGAUUAUUGGUUUGAUGGUGAGUGUAGUAAGUAAGCAAGGGGUUUGGGGUGGUGCCAAGUGCUUAAGCUAGGUCUGGGGAUGUUGGGCUUGGUUCCAGUGGUUAUAGCAGAGGCGUUUACUCUGGCUUUCACUGUAUAAAGGUUGACCUCCCACACAUUAUCAGAGCACCACCAUAAUCUUCUGGCUUUACACCAAAUCCAGCAAGACUCACCCAACAUCUUUUGCUAAUUUGCUGUUAAAUAUCUCGGGCUUUUUUGGUUUGGUGCAGUUAUUUGGGAAGUUUGUGAUGAUGGGUGUGAAAGCUAUCUAUGAUGAGUUUGGGGAUUUUAUGUGGAGCUAGGGGGUGUCAGCUUGGGCUAUAACAAUAUCAGAAGAUUAAGAGGAUGGGUUGGGUUUCAACAACACAACAACAACAAAGCCUUAUCUCACUAGCAAGUUGAGAGUUGCCUAUCAAGGGUUGAACAGUCCCCGACCGACUCUAUGCAAAAUGCACUCUCUCCAUCAUUGAAAGCAUUGAUUGCAGACAAACUUUUAAGGCACUCAGAUGAUGAUGUCAAAAUUGCAGUUGCAUCUUGCAUCAGUGAAAUAACAAGAAUCACUGCACCUGAAGCUCCUUAUGAUGAUGAUCAAAUGAAGGAGGUAUUUCAAUUAAUAGUGUCAUCAUUUGAAAAUCUACAUGAUAAGUUAAGCCGAUCAUAUUCAAAGAUGAUCUCAAUUCUUGACACUGUUGCUAAAGUCAGAUCAUGUGUGGUAAUGCUGGACCUUGAAUGUGAUGCGCUGAUUUUGGAGAUGUUUCAGCAUUUCUUGAAAGCUAUAAGGGAACAUCAUCCAGAAAAUGUUUUUUCAUCCAUGGAAACAAUUAUGACCCUUGUUCUUGAGGAAAGUGAAGAUAUAUCCUUAGACCUGCUGUCUCCACUCCUGGGAAGCAUUAAGAAAGACAAUGAGGAAGUUUUUCCAAUAGCCCAGAAAUUGGGGGAGAGGGUCCUUGAAAGCUGUGCAACCAAGCUGAAACCCUACUUGGUUCAAGCAGUGAAAUCCUUGGGUAUAUCUGUGGAUGAUUAUAGUGCAGUACUUGCUUCAAUAUGCCAAGAUGUAUCUGAUGACCUGGAGAAAAAUGAUACAUGUGUUACUAGUGAGCAUGUGGAAGAUAAGAGUGAGUCAGCGAAACAAUCACUGGAGGAGUCAACACAUUUUGAUCAGGUGGUUAAAAAGGAUUCAAGGGAAGUUACAUCCUCUCAGCAAGAAAAUCCUGAUGAUGUGAAUAAAUCUCCAAAGUCAGUCAUGAGCAAUGUUGUUGCAUGUGUUGAAGAUAAUGCUUUAGCUCAUUCCGAGUCCAUUAAAAAACAAGAGGAUGCUGAUUGUUCUAAUCACUCUGAAGGUUUGAAUACUUCUGGUAAUGAGGUGAAUAAUGAUUUGGACAUUGAAAAAGUUGACAAUAGUAAACAAAAAACAGAAAAAGCUACCAAGAAACCACGAAAGAAAUCAAGCUCUUCAAUUAAAUUGACAAAACCUUCCAAGGGUCAAGUUGCUGCUAAUGAGAAGGAAACUGAGAAAAUGCUCGACUGUGAAAGCAACAGCAAGAUAGUUCACAGUUCCCCUCCCGAGGACCAUUCUGUUGAAGCUGCAGGACCUUCAGAGAAUGACAAAGGGAUUGAUGCUAAGAUUUCGUCGCCAAUGGCAUGCAAUGAUGAUUCCGAAGUUGUUGCUUCUCCACCAAGUGAGAGCCUCUGUGAUGAAAAUCAUUCUAAGAAACUUGGACGAACAAAAAAGAAAGAUGGCCCUGUAAAAGAAGGGACUGCAGAGGAUGUUUCAAAGGUGACAGCUAGUGAUUCAGAAGCCAAACCUGCCAGGCGGUCAGUGAAAAAGGCACUUGGUCAGAAGGCUGAUGUGAAAAAAACUAGUGUCGUAGUUUCAGUAAAAAAAGGAAGUUGGGCUGCAAAUGAUGCAGAUGCAAAAAAGCACUCAGCCAAGAAAUUUGAUGAAAACAAAAAGGGUAGUGGUGGAUCCUCUUCAAGGCAGAUGGAGGACAAGAAAAAGGGAGGUCGGGGGAAAGCUAACUCUGAAGCAGAUGUUGCAAAAUCAUCUGCUAUUGAUGUGGACAAGGAAAUGGUUUCUUCUCCAACGUCUGGUACAAAAUCAACUAAAGAUGGAAAGUCAGAGGAGACUCCCAAGACAAAUCUGAAAAGGGAACGCACUCCAGGAAAAGAAAAUGAGUCUGGUGUGAAGGAAUAUGGUGAAAACCUUGUCGGUUUACGGGUCAAAGUUUGGUGGCCUAAGGAUCGUGAGUUUUACAUAGGUGUUAUUGAUUCUUUUGAUUCUGCCAGAAAGAAGCACAAGGUUUUGUAUGAUGAUGGUGAUGAAGAAACAUUAAAUCUUGUGAAGGAAAAAUGGAAGGUCAUUGAAGCUGACUCAGAUGCAGAUGAGGAAGAACGAAGUGAUUGUGCAGAUCUUGAUGUUUCCACUGAUAUGCCACUGAAGAAGAAAGGGAAAACAAGUGCUGGUGAAUCAACCAAGCAAGGAAAGAUGGAUGUUUCUUCCAAAAGCAGUGGAGCAGCAGCAUCCAAUAGAUCAAAGGGUGCAUCCACAAAGUCUAGCCAGAAGUCCAAGGAUGGCAACAAAUCCAAAGAUUCCAAGGCUAAUAGCAAAUCUGAGGAUGGAGUUAAUAGAAAAUCUAAGGACAGCACUCCUAAAAAUGGUAGCAGUAAAUCUAUUGUUGCUGCUAAAAAAAUGAGUAAUAAAUCCAAAAAUACUGAUACUUCCAAGACAAGUGAAUCAAAGGAUGAUGGCAGUAUCAAACAAAAACCUUCUGCCAAGUUUAAGCAUGAAACUCCAAAAAGUGGAAAAUCCAAGCAAGAAACCCCAAAGGCUGCCAUUUCCAAAGGAAAACCUGUCAAAAGUGGUGGAAAGACUGAUGUUAAUGGUACCAGCAAAGCAAGAUCUGGUUUAUUGAAGAGAAAAGAUUCCGAGAAUGAGAACUCUGAUGUUUCAGCUGGAGAGAGAGAAGAUGCCAAGGGCAAGAGUGCAAAUUCAUCAAAGGCAAAAGGAAGUGAGCUGAAGAGUGGAAAGAAGCGUCGGAAAACCUAGAAGUGGGUAUUUGUCCCCCCUGUUUAUUCCUUAACUGGGUGCUUCUCUUCUGCUCAUCAGUUUACUCUUCUUCAGAGCAUUUAAUUUUUUCUUCCUAUGGCUAAUGAAUUUAAGCUGUGUAUGAGGUAGCUGUUCAUCGUUUUGUGGUAAUUAUCCAGUUGGUAAUAGCAUUGUUAUCUUUAGUUAUUGGUUAGGCCAGUUUAGUUGUAGUAUCGGUUAGUAUCUUUAGUUAUUCUAGACUAGAUGUAUGUUAUUUAAAGGCAACACUGGAUAUUAUUUGGCUAGCAACCUUCAUUUAAAGAAUGCUUGCUACUUACAACUUACCCAAUUAACGUUUUUGCAUUGCUCAGUGCUGAGCUGUGGUUGAUUUAUUGAGACAAUACGUACACUAAGCGGAACGUAAUCUUUAUAUGGUUUAUUUGGUUUC